CACUUCGCUUCCAUCGUCUCUCCUUCAAUCCCUCCUCUCGCCUCGUUUCCCUCCAUUUCGAAUUUCCGAUCACCUCUCACGGUCCCACCAAACCCUCGCCCCACCAGGCGCGCGGACCGGAUGGCGUCCUCCGCCGCGGUGGCGCAGCUGCUGCCGCCCGGGCCAGGCGCGGAGAGCGCGGCGGCCGCCGCCCUCGCGAACGUCCUCCGCCCCGGCGGCGGCGACGCCGAGGCCGCGCGCGCGGCGCUCGACGCGCUGUGCGCCGCCGGAGGGGACGCGGUGCGGCGCCACGCGGACGACCUCACGCCGCUGGUCGUCGGCCGGCUCGGGGACGGCGACGCGGCCGUGCGGGAGGCGGCCAGGAGGUUCCUCAUGCUGCUCAUGGAGAUGAAGGAGAUGAAUGCAAGAGUUGAAAAUAUACAAACUGCUUCUAGCAUAUCAGAUGUCCAGCACAGUAAUUGUAUGGCUAUAGAAGUUGAAUCUUCUGAUACCACUCAAGUAAGGAGAAGUCCCAAACAUAAGAUAAGCACAAGAGAUAUGUCACAUCUAGCAGGAGAAGGAGAUAUUACAAGAAAAUCAGUUGAACCUAUAAAGGUAUUCUCUGAGAAGGACCUGACAAAGGAAAUAGAAAAAAUAAUGUCUACUUUACAAGCAGAUAAUGAGUGGUCAAUCCGGAUAACUGCAAUGCAAAGAGUGGAAGGCAUAGUUCUUGGAGGUGCUGCAGACUAUUCAGCAUUCCCCAUGCUUAUAAAGCAACUCGUGACCCCUCUUAUAACUCAGCUUCUGGAUAGGAGAUCUAGUGUUGUAAAACAGGCAUGCCAUUUGCUAAUUUUCCUGUCAAAAGAGUUAUUACGUGACUUUGAACCAUGUGCUGAAUUGCUUAUUCCGGCCCUUCUUAAGAAUGUCGUGAUCACUGUUUCUGUAAUUGCCGAAUCGGCUGAUAACUGUAUAAAAGAGAUGCUCCGGAACUGCAAAGUAGCUCGCAUUCUGCCAAGAAUUAUUGAAUUCGCAAAGAAUGACAGAAGUGCAAUUCUUCGUGUCAGGUGCUGUGAGUAUGCAGUAUUGAUGCUUGAGUACUGGGUUGAUACUCCAGAAAUGCAGAGAUCAGCUAAUCUUUAUGAAGACCUGAUAAAGUGUUGCAUAUCAGAUGCAACUAGUGAGGUUCGAUCAGGUGCUAGAGCAUGCUACAGGAUAUUCUCCAGGAUUUGGCCUGAACGUUCCCACCAACUGUUCUCAUCAUUUGAACCAUCUAGGCAAAAAAUGAUAAAUGAUGAUGAUGUUGAGGCACAUCAAAAGCACCUUUCCCCGGUAGUUAAGCUAAGGCACCCUCAAUCUAAUCCUUGUAUCCCAACUGCAAUGGACAAAGUUGUCAAGGUUGAUUUGAGGACAUCAUUUCCUUCUGAAGACCAGCAAUCAGCGCUGGUGAAAAUAUCCCUUCAACUUGAUGAUAUGACCUCCAAAAGUUCAGCUGAAGACAUUAAAGAUGGGACUUUAGCUACUGGACAUCCAUUUGAAGAAAGGAGAGAACUAGAAAAAGAAAGAGUUCCAGAUGAAUACCCUGAUAAAUGUGAUUCAGAUAAUAAUGCAGGUAUCAGUUCAAUAUCUUGUGAUGUGCCUUCUGCCACUCCAUUUGAAUCAGCUCCAGAAAUUUCAUUGUCUGAAUCUACAAUUGUAACAAUUGUUCAAGACAAGGCUGAGUGCAGGCCAAAUACUGAGCAGCAGAAAAGUUCCCUUCAAGUUGGAUCGAAAGAUUCAGAAAAAUUGUUAAAGCAAAGCUUUGCUAAAACAAGCUCCGAUGGAAGCUCGCGUGUACAACCAGGGACUCAGCAGGUGGAGAAGCACUGUGUUAGCAGUAGCACUCCUCGUAAAGCUGUAGUUCAUAAGGAGCCACAGAACAACUACACUCCUAACUUCCGGAGACCUCUCUUGAGUAAGCAGAUGACAAAUUUGUUUUAUGCCAGUACAAGAGGUGAUUUAGAUAGUAAACAACUCAUUUGGGGUGAAAUGGUCAACAGCAUGGACGUUCCCUCAUCUCUCACAGAGGCACUUUCUUUAGGCGUUAACCCAAGGUCAGAUUGGAUGAUGAGGGUAUAUGCAUUCGAUUUCUUACGACAGUCUUUGCUAGAGAGGGGACCAAAAGGCAUUCAGGAAGUUGCACAGAAUUUUGAGAAGGUCAUGAGGUUUGUUAGUCGGUACUUGAAUGAUCCACAUCAUAAAGUGGCACAUGCUGCCCUCUUGUCACUUGCUGAAAUCAUGCCAGUUUUCAAGAAGCCUUUUGAACAUUAUCUGGACAAGAUGCUGCCCCAUAUUUUCUCUCGAUUAAAUGAUCCAAAGGAAUCAAUAAAGCAGAAAUGCUUAGCAAUUUUGAAACUUGGAGGUGAGAUUUUCUCCAUUGAUUCUCUCUUACCUGCUCUACUUCGUUCACUAGAUGAGCAGAAAUCUGCCAAGUCAAAACUGGCUGUUCUUGAGUUUGCAAAUGCUUCCUUUGUAAAAUGCACAGUCAAUUCUGACAGCUAUUCUAGCAGCAGUUUUCUUAAGCCAUGGCUUGGGAAGCUAACUCUUUUGUUUAAGGAUAGAAACAACAAGUUAAAAGAGGCUGCAGUGAUUGGUUUAUCUUCAAUCUAUUCUCAUUAUGACCCUGCAUCCAUGUUGAGCUUUCUAGUUACCUUGUCAAUGGAAGAACAAAAGCAACUUAGAUGGGCAAUGAAGCAGUUAAUCCCUAUGAUUGAGAGUGAGUUGGAAGAGUUCUUGCAGCAAAAGAGACAUAAACAAAAUGUGCCAUCUUUUGAUCGCUUUGCUUCUACUGAUCAACGUCAUGCUAAAAGUUUUGUUGAAAAGCAAAAUAAACCCCAGCAGCAUGACGCCUGCCAAUCUAAUUAUUAUGGAGCUGACGAUAUAUUUAGCUCUGCAUUCCAGUAUCUCCCAAAUAUUCCUUUAGAAGUCUAUGAGCACCAUACUGGGAAGGUUGAAUCUGUAUCUGGUAAUGAAUCUUAUGGCCAAAAAGCUGAAAUAAUGGACAAAGGGUCUAGUACUACAAGGCUAAGCAGUGGUUUCCCCGGGAGAUCUGAUUAUAGCGUGCUAUCAGAGAACACAGUUGAGAGUCGAAGCAAGGAUGUCUGGAUAAAUGACUUUCAGAGUCACGGUCCAGGCAUUUCCCAGACGUAUCAUCAGGACACACCAAGUCAAAUGGACAAAGGUCCUGAGACGGGCGGCCAUUCGGUGUUGAUCAAGAAUUUACAUCAGAUGUCCUCUUCCCUUCUUGAGAUGCUUGAUAAUCCAGAUGAAUCCACCAGAGAGUUUGCACUUUCUUUGUUGGUUGAAAUUCUCGAAAAGCAAGGAAAGGCAAUGGAGAAUUGUAUCGAGGCUCUUGUAGCUAAGUUGCUGCAUGCAACCAAAGGUGCUGCCUUGAAGGUUGUAAAUCAGGCCCAUAUCUGUUUGACAACUGUGGUUACUAAAUUUGACCCAGUGAGAUGCCUCAGGGCAAUUGCUUCUCAGUUGGUCUGCCAUGAUGAGAAAAUUCUUGUUGUCAGCAUUAAUAGUUUGAGCAAGCUCGUGACUCGAUUGUCACAGGAUGACCUCAUGACUCAGUUGUCAACAUUUCUUCCCGCGCUCUUGGAUGCCUCCGAAAACCAUAGUCCAUAUGUUCGCAAGGCCGUUUUGCUGUGCCUGGCGGACACGUACCUGAAGCUGGGCCCGGUCUUGCUGCCGCACCUGGACCGGCUGGACGGCGCGCAGCUGCGGCUCGUCGUCACCUCGGCGGCCAGCAGGCUGCCGUCCCGGAGCAAGUUCGUCGCGGCGGUCGACGUUUGAUUGGGCAGAAGCAGGUUCUACUUCUAGCAAGCAGAGGUGAGGGGAGAGCACUGGGUCAUGAAGGCCCAUGGUGCCCUAAAUCCACUACCAAAAAUCAUGAAAAAAAAUACUUUUGAACUUAUGGUAUCAAUAUUUAGAAUUUCAGCUUCAAAUACAACCUAUGUUGGGAAUAACAAAAAGGAGAAGAAAAAAUGUUGGCAAAACUGUCGGCCAUAAUUUUCUCAAUUCUUUUGUAAUCCUAACAUAAGUCUUAUUUGGAUUUGAAAUUUCAGAUGUAGAUACAGUAAGAUCAGAAGUACCGUACUCUCCAAAAGGUGGUUGCACGCCACGGAAGUAGUACUAGAUUUGUAUCAAUAUUACGUACGCAUCUGGGGUUUGGCCCCCUAUUUAUGCCCAUGUGGGGGCGCCGGGCAAGGGCAAAUCCGAUCGGAAUCGAUUUAUGAGGAGAGAUCUGCUAUAGCUGCGGCAGUGAUCACCGCCGGGGGGUAUCCUGAAAUGUGUAGUCAGCACAGGGUACUGGAGCGUACUACGUCUUGUUCGUGCAUGCAUGGAUGCACCCUUGGUUGUUGUUGUUGGUUACAUACACAUGUGUUGUGAUUUAAUCAAGGGAAACAAUAAUGGAGUUCGUAUAUGUAAGUGUUACUAUACGGAUAAUAAAGCUGUGAAGUUUCUUCCA